GAAAACAGAAAAGGUUAACGAAUAAACAAACAAGCGCAAUUUGUCCAUUUUUUUCAUCCUUUCGAUUAUCACAACGAUGCGCGUGACAGCGGAAAAGACGCACUGUUUGUUUUCCUUUCUAUAGAAUUGUGCAGUUGCAGGCCACAACCCUACAGCUAAAACCAUAACAACAAAACCACCCUUCUUCCAUUCAUAUAUUCCCUUCCCCAUCACAAACACAUCCAUUCCAUCCUUCAAUCUCUGUUUUUCUCCUUUGUGCGUGUGUUUCCCACAAUCAUUCUAUAAUCAAAAAUUAAAAAGAAAUGGGUUGUGGGAAAUCCAAACCGCUCGAUGUUGCUUCUGCAAACACCGUUCUCAAGAGCAAGAGCAAGAAAUCUAUCGUUGAUGAUUCUAAGGUUGGCCUUAAUAAUGGGACAGAAACUGUUCAAACCAAAACCGCGGACAACAACAAUGUUGAUAAUGAAAUUUCAAAACCGGAACAAAAGCGCCAUGAAAAUGUUAAAAUGGUUGUUGAGGAGCCCAAUGUCGUUGUUGUUCCUAAUGAGAUAACGAAUUUUAAGCAAGAGAAUGCAUUGGAGAAGAACCUGGAAGGUGAAGGUGAUGUUUCUCAGAAUAAGACACAAGAAAUCAUUGUUGCAGAGGAGAAAAAUGAUUCAUUGGAAAAUAAAAAUCAACCUGAACCUGCAGAAGAAGCAAAAAUAGUAACGGAAAAUCAAAAAGAGGAAGGGACUUUGGUCAAGGAAGUUAAAGAAGAAGAAAAACAAGAAGAGGCUUUGGUUAAGGAAGAAGAAGAAACUAAAGACACAAACCAGGAAGAAACUCUUAUCAAGGAAGAAGAAAAAGAAGAAAUCAAAGACACAAAGGAGGAAGAUAAUGUGGCCAAGGAAGAAGUAAAGGCUCAGGAAGAAGAAACCGAAGAAACGGCUCAGGAAGUAGAAACAAAAGAGGUGCCUAAGGAAGAAGGAACCAAGGAAAUGGCUCAGCAAGCAGAAACCAAAGUAACGACUCAGGAAGAAGAAACCAAAGUAAUGGCUCAGGAAGAAGAAACAAAAGAGGUGUCUAAGGAAGAAGAAACCAAAGAACCUGUCCACGAAGAAGAAAUCAAAGAGACAGCUAAGGAAGAAGAAACCAAAGAAGCGGUUCAGGAAGAGAUUGUGGCCAAAGAAGAAGAAACCAAUGUGACAAAAGUUUCAACCUCUGAAGGUGAUGAACAAAAUGAUAUCAAAUCUGAGCAGCAGGGACAAUGAAGAAUCGAAACUGGAUGGAGAUAAUACAGAAGUAGCAACUUCAAUAUAUAAUUGAGGAUGUUUUCUAUUUGACAAUGUUACAAAGUAGUAUUAAUCAUGUUGUCAAGCUUGAACAUGCAUUGUACGUUCUUAUUCUCUGAGUCCUCAUACAAGAGUUAUUCAAAUGAAAUACAUACUAUAAUCAGAUUGAUUAAUCUAUGUUAAGGCACCAAAAACUUCUCAAUCUCGUGUUCUUUGUUUUUGUAUUAAUCUAAAAGUAC